UCAUCAUGAUUGCUCAGUUGCAUGCCAUGUAUCAGGGAUCUAGAACAAUUCUUAUGUUCCUUGUUAUUAUCUUCCUGGCUGUAAACAUCGCCUGUAGAGUAAUCGUGGCAAUAGGACUCAACGAUACUGUAGCAGGUAAGUUUGAGGAGUUGAUACUCUCUGGCACACAUAUGUGCGGUUAUGCAUCUGAAGGGAACAACCAGCUUCUGUAUUCAAUGUUUUGGAUGCUCAACACUGUUUGGGAGGUCCUCGCACUGUGCCUUUCAGUCUGGGUUGCUGUGAAACACUUCCGUGAGCUGCGACGACUUGGCUCAUCGACAGGAUCGACCAUCGGGGCCUGUUUCAGAGUGCUCAUACAAUCUCACGUUCUUUAUUUUGCAAGGUGAGCUUGUAAUGUGAACGCGGUUAUAUUUUUCUGCUCAAGUUCCACACAUGUUAGC